AUGAUGGCGGCUCCCAACAGCCACCCCAGCACACAACCCCCCGGCCACCCUUCACAUCCCCCGCCCAAGGGCUCAGACCCCUUUCACGACAACGACGACGGUGGCAGCGAAGCUAGCUAUACUAGUGAGAACAGCGACAUUGAGCUUCGACAUCUGCCCGAAUCCGACAACGUGGCCCCCCUCUUCGGUCGCCGUGGGCGCAUUGCCCCCGGCAGUACAGUUGGUCUCGAUGCUGCCGAGCUCAUAUACUUGGCCGGUGACACCUCUCAAGUGUUACCCGUCUAUGUCACCAUUCAUCGGAUCCGCCGCUUGGUGAUUGCCGCCAUCGACGACCCCUAUACGCUCGACCAACUGCAGACGCCUCGUAUGGACAACCUGAUGGUUCGGCCCCUAGUUGAGAAGCUGUAUAAUCCCGACAACCUCUCGGUCGUUUACUGCCUACUCGCCAACCGUGUCCAGUUUCAGCGUUCCGCGACAGACGAGUCCCUGUAUGUGGCUGUCAACAACUCUCGAGCCACUCUUUGCGAACUGCUGGCUACCCGUGUACUUCGACGCUUCCACCAAGACCACCCAGACCGACCUGGACUCCUGCUCCUCGCCAAUAUUCUGGUUUCUGGGUUCGACCCGUUCGAUGCCGCGCCCGACCCGCUUCGCCGAUACCGACGCUCCCUACAAUGGCCAUAUCAGGACCGUGGUGGUCACGAGCGGAAGCUUACGGCACUCGAGUUGGCCAUUUUGUCAGAAAGCAAGUUUUUGAUCGGGUCUGUCGCAUGCCAGCGCAUUGUCAACGCUGUCUACCGCGGCCAAGUUGUGUACACCCCGCUCUCGUUUGUCGACAUUCUACCGGAUCACUACAAGUACCACCCUGUAUCGCUUUACGAACCACGGCGAGCCUCGAUACUCAACCAUCGCCGACUAAUCGUUCCUCGACUACGAAAUCUGCUCGAACUUGUCCACUUCACCAUCCUUCUAGGCCUGUAUGUGUUGACCAUGACACAUCGAAACGAUUUUUAUAGCUCGGGUGCAAGCCCGUUUGGUGGCUACGAAGCUGCCUUUGUCAUCUAUACGACUGGCUGGGUUCUGGAACAGUUUGCCGCUCUGGUCGAACACGGAUGGGAGGUACACGCUCAGAACCUGUGGAGCUUCCUCGAUCUCACUUUUACCUUCAUCUUUGGCGUAUAUGGCAUUGUGCGCUUUGCCGAACUAUGGAUCUAUCCGGAGGCUGACUACGCCAUUCCCAUCCUCUGCGUUGCCGCCCCGGUCCUACUUACCCGCAUAGCCUUCAACCUCAUGCCAGACAACAUCGUCUUUAUCGCCUUACACGCAAUGAUGCGAGAUUUCACCCGGCUUACAUUCAUCGCCAUAUGGUGUUUCACCGGCUUCUUGCUAGGCUUGCUCUGGCUGAUGCGCACGGGCGCGCCCCCGGACCCUUCCGAUGUCGCCGCAGGCUUGGUAACGCCACAGUCCUCCAUCGAUGAUCGUCCAGGCUGGGCUACCAUCGGGAAAUGGCUCUUGUGGAUUUGGUUUGGUCUCGAUGGCACCGGUAUCGAACGGACGGCCGACUUCCACACCAUCCUCGGUCCCGCCCUGGCCAUCACCUUCGCUUUCCUCGGAAACACACUCUUCUUGACCGUCCUUGUCGCCAUGCUCACCAACACCUUCUCCAAGAUCAUCUCUAAUGCGCAGGCUGAAAUCUACUUCCGCCGUGCCGUCCUAACCUUCCAGGGCGUCAAGAGCGACUCCAUCUUUGCCUAUCCGCCUCCGUUCAAUCUACUCGCUUUGGCAGUGCUGCUCCCAAUGAAGAUGGUUGUCGGCCCAAAAAUGUUCCACCACAUCAACGUUGGAGCUAUCAAGAUCAUCAACUUGCCGGUCCUUCUAAUGAUCGCGCUGUACGAGCGAAGACGCGUGUGGGCCAAGUCCGCGACGCCCAGUGCAAACGAUGGAGAGGACAGUAAGUGGUUCUUUGGUCUGAAUCCAUAUGCCGAUAUCCAUGCGCUGUUCAGGACGGAGCCGCCGCAAGAAGUGUUGGACAUGCUGGAGAAGAUGGACGGAAUUGUGGACGAGGAGCUGGAGGAUAUGGAAAUCAUGGGUCUUCGACGAGGCAGUAGAGGUAUGGGUGACGGUCUAGGGAGGGUGUCGACCGAACUGGAGCUCGGAAGGCCGAUGGAGUUUGAUGGGACCGGCGGCAUUGCAGGGAUGCAUAGAAGGAGGAAGCACUCCGCUGGAAGCGUCGUUUAG